AUGCACCCAGCAGCCUACAUAUUCAACCAGUCAUCACGCAUUCCCGCAUGGCCUCCCACCUCUCCACGGCACCUUCCUUCAUUCUCUUUCCUUCUCUCUGGCCAAUUAAUUUCUACAGUCGCUGUUCUCGGAGGCGGGGUCGCCUGCCAACUUACAUGCUGCCCUGUUAUUUGCCUGGCGUCUUCUGACCCCUUCUAUGCCACUCCUCCAAAUGCUUUCUCCUCUCGCCUGGGAAAUCCUGGCGUCAGUUUUAUCACGAUCACCGACACAAUGCAAGCACAAUGCAAGGACACCUACUCAGCUUUGCAUUCUUUUUGA